AUGGCCUCUUCUCUCCUGCGCUCUUCGGCCCGCGUCCGGGUGCCAUCCUCGUCUCGUCCCCUCUGCUUGCGGCGCCCUAACAUGGCAGCCCGCCAAUGGCCCGACACUUCCGCCUCGCCGGCCUCGACCGAGGAAAAGCACUGUGCACCGUGCAAGUACAUUGCCUUGCGCUCAGCACCUGCAGACCCCAAACGGCGAGCGCCUGCACCCCCGCCGUACCACGACAGGGUCCCCGGGGCCACCUGCACCACCACUGGUGCCCCCCCCCCUUCGCUCGCUGGUGGUGCGCUACCAAGCACUGUGCUUACUUGGGUCCUUUGUGUGGUGUGUCACCGCCGACCGUUCUCUGCUCUGCCCUCCCCUCCUCCCCUCCUCCCCGAGCUCGCUGCCAGCCACUCGGAGGAGCAAGCGUCGGCGAUUGGAAAAGCUCGAUGCGCCGAUCUCGACGAGUGGGCUGCUGCUAGCGGUAGUCGUGGCCUCGCCGUUUUAGACGCCCUCGCUGGUGCGCGCUGCGUCGUCGACUCGCUCGUGGGACCCCCCGUUUCGCCUCGUCAGCGGCCACCGCCGGACGAGACGCCGCAGACGAAUGGAUGGCACGGCAGGGUGCAGGCCACGUCUGAGCAAAGCGGCAACGACAUGUGUCUACGGACUACGGGGCGCGGCGUGCACCAUUCGAGCGUGCGCGUCCAGCAUCGUCAGUUCGCAUGCUCGUAG